AAGUAAGAUUGAAAUGGCGAGAAUUGGUAGUCUAAAAUAUAUUUUCUCUCGUCGUUUUAUUGAAAUCUGUCAUAAUCAUUAUAAUAUAAAUAAACACAUGAGUUCAAUUUCUAAUUAUCUCUCUCCUAAAAUGUCUAGUGAACCUAUGGUGGAAAAAAUGUCGCGUUUGAUGAAAUAUUACGAAGAUUUUAUAGGACUGACUGAAGUGAAAGCAGCACAGGAUAAAGUUUUGCAGGCAGAACGAAAGUUCAAUGAUACUCAAGAGCUUCGCAGAGACAGACAGCAACAGAUACAGCAUAUAGCUUCUCGUUUAAAACAGAUUCAUGCAGAGUUGGAUAAGACCACCAGAGGAGAAGAUCGAUAUCUUACUCUAAUUACUCAGGAGCAUACUAUUAUUAAGGAAGAAAAAAAUCUUAUUGAAGAAUUUAAACAGCUAGAGAAAAAUGAGAGAGAGUAUUUCUCUGCAUUAUCAUUAGCUGUUCGAGAAAGCCAUGAGAAGGAACGAGCUCAAGCGGAGAGGACGAAGUACUGGUCAGUCAUUGGUUCAGUUUGUGGAGCAGUAAUUGGAAUUUUGGGAACUAGCAUUAACAACUGGCUUCGAAUGAAAGAAUUGAGAGGAUUGGUGCAGGAAACUGCAGGUCACGGUGACCUGCAGAAGUUAUUCAGCAGUUUAAAUGAUGUACUAAAAACCCAGUAUGCCCAAGUGACAGGCUUUAUUGAAGAUCUUAAGAAGAUCCUUGUACAGCACAGAGAAAGUUCAGAAACGAGUAUUAAACACGAAGAUUGCAUAGGCGGUAGUGAAAUAGUAGAUACUCAUAUUGACAGUAUGGAAACCAAGUCACAUCAGAUUCUCUCUGUACUUCAACGUCAAGAAAAAGUUCUGUCUGAAGAUAUGAAAGAAGUGAAAACUUUACUUGCAGCUCAUGUUGGACUAAAAGAUUUUGGAGGAGACAUACCACCACCUACUGCUGUUUAUGUUGGUGAGGAUGUAGGAAAAUUGGUGAAAAAUACAGAAAAGAACUUAGAGUGGAAAAUGAAAAUAAAUUCUCUAGCCACUGUUGCCAUGGUGUAUGGUAUUUUUGCCAUAACACUGCCCUUAGUAAUGCACUUCUCAAAAGGACCUUAGAUGUAAAUUACAUGAUUUUGAGAAGCAUUAUAUUCAUAAUAGGUGAAAGUAAAUUAUUUUCUAAUUUACUUAACUUCAACUGAUAAAAUUUUGUAAGAUAGAGCAUAAUAAUAAACUAUGUCAAAUUAUUGAAAUAUUCUUUGAAGAAUCAGUAUAAAUAAGAUAUGAACCACCACAUCUUUCUAGUAGGUCAACAGCAGAUAUCAGUUGAAUAUAUGUAUAAGUAAUAAGGUACAUUACAAUAAUGAUAUUAUAUACAGAAAAGAAACCAUUGAGCUUGAUUUAAAAUUUAUUUAACAUUCAUUUCUUCCAGAUUUAUGUUUUUCCUUCCAUAUAAAAUACCUCGUUUAUUAAAAAUUUUUAGAAAAAUAUCAUGUUUUUCAUGUUUAUUUGUAUGCAAUGUGAAAUUUAUAAUACAAGAAAAACAUGUCACCUAAAUAUCUAGUUUUUAUUUCAGUAAGCUCAAAAUUUUUGAAAUGCAUAAAAGUAUAUCACUGUACACCUUUACAAAGUUGGUGAGUAAGGUAUGAAUGUGUAAGAGUUGUUUUUUAAAGUAAACACAUUAAUACUUGAUCCUUCUCUUAUUAUAUUAAAAUAGAUAACAUCUCCACUAAAACACUGAGACUGUAUCAUUAAAAUACAUAAAAAUGUGUAAAAUUUCUUGUUUAAAUUUUUAGCUUAUUUUAUCCAAAAACAAGUGAUUUAAUUGAGAUAAAAAUAAUCUCCUUACCGAAUUUUUCAUUACAUAAAAUGAAAUAAUUUAUUUUAAGAGUGACACCAAUUGUGCUUAAAAAUUAGAAAUGUCUAGAAAAAACUUCAUAAACAAAAUUGUAUAAAAAAACAAGGCCCAAUAAAGCUGUUACUAAUGAGGUUUUGAAUUCAUUUUAUCUGGGCUACAAAAAUCCCAUUUAUUUUCAAAAGUCGAAAUAAAAAGUAGAAUUUAAUUCUUGUAUUAUAAAUAUUUCAUUGGUGCUAUCUUUAAUUUAUAUUGAAAGGAGUUUAAAAGCUACAUCUAUGAAAGACUGAUGAAGAGUUAAGCUUUCCAAAAUUGAAAUUUAUUUGUUCCUGCAUUAUUUUUCACACUUAUAGGAUAAUCUCCAUUUAAUAAAUACUAAAAUAUGUAUUAAUUGUAAAAUAUUGAAACAUCCAUUAGAUUUUUUUAACUUCAAAAACUUUCUAACUAAUUAAAACAAAGGGUAGGUCAGUUUUGUUCAUAAAAGUAUAAUUGAGGUCAGUAGAAAUCAAAUUAAAUAUUUGCUCUUCCAGUGAUAUAAGUUUAAGAUAAUUAUAGUUGGAAAUGUAGUUUGUAUAAUACAGUGUAAUGGGAAAAAUCAUAAUACAUAUUUUAAUAUUAUUUGAUAAAGUUUUGGUAAUUGAGAAAGGUGAAUACUUGUGAUAUGUUUGUUUCAUCAGUAUAUUCCUUGAAGAAUAGUCAAAGUUAGUAAAAUAUAUAGUUUAAGUAAAGAGAUGUUAAAAUUUUGGAGGCAGCUGUUACUUGGUACUCAUAAAAGUUGAUGACAAAAUAGUGUUUCAAAAAAAGUUUUAUAAUUAAAGUGAUGAUUAUUUUGUUUGUUUAUCAAUUAUGAUGUUUAAGUAAUUAGGUUUUGCACAGAGGACUGAAAGGAGAUCCACAAAAUGUCUCGACAGGCCAAGGACCAACAUUUGUAAAAAAAUAAAAGUAGACAAGAAAGACCAAUAACUUUUAUAUUACCUGGUUAGCAAAAAUGAUAAUAGUAGGUACAGUACAAUUAUUGUGAUGAAUUCUAGUAUAUGAUAUAUUGAUGUUUAUUUUUUUAGGAUAUUAAAAUAAGUAUGAUACACUAAUAUCCAAUAACUACAUGUACCAAGUGCUCAGUCACCUUAGUAGUGGCAUGUAAUGUCAGGAUGCUUUUAGAUGUACUACAUUACAUUGCUACAGCAGUCUCUUUGCCAUGAUUUUGUUGAGGGGGGUGGCUAGCUGUUUGAAUAUCAAAAUUUUCAAUGUCAUUUGUAUUUAUAUAUUUGCAUAAAGCUAGAGAAAUUCACAUGCUUUAACACUUUAUUUUACAAAACCAAAAAGAAGUAAAUAAACAAACAGAAAAAUUCUAAAAGAAAGAAAUUAAUUUGUAGUACUUAGUAUAUUGCUAAAAGUCAUAUGUCGAGGAUGAAGUUCAAUAAAUGUUUUUGCUAUAUGUUCGUUUGUGAUUCCAAAAUUGCUCAUAGAAAAUGCAUGCAUAGCAAUAACACCGAGAUUUCUCAUUCUGGGCACACUCACUGUUCUUUGUAACCAUGAAUGAAUUCCUCAAAGACAAGAAAAGCUUCAACACUGCCAAUGGGAAGUACAGCCAACACAAAAAGAAGCUCCCAUACAUUAGGGAAAAAGCAAGCAUUUGAGUGCAAAACAGAGUUAUUCUUCCUGAGGUCUCCUUGCUGUUUUCACAGGUAUGUUUCCAUCUGUUUAAUUCACUGUGAAGUUAUUCUGGGUUUGGCAAUAUAUGCUGCCAUUUAUCAAAUAGGAUAGUGGGAAUAGCUUCAACAUCCAUAUCUUGAGCUAACUCAGGUAUUAGGCUACAUAACUCAAAAUUAGCUUGUUUGUUCUCACCAAAUCAACUUUCUAAUUGAGAAAUGAUAUGAUCCAACAAGGGAAUUGCAAUGGACUUUUUUCAAUAAUCUUUUAAUGGAUUUGGCUGGUUUGUUGUCUCUGUGCUGCUGUUGCCCACAUUGCCUUGGUUACACUUUCUGCGAUAUCAUUCUCUGCUGCAAAAUCCAAAAGUCUUUUGUAUAGUCUUUCAAAGGUGUUAUCUCAUGUUCUUGUAAUAAUCAAUUACAGAAUUAACUUUCUUAAACCUUCAUGUGUUCACCUUGCAAGGCUGAUGCAAGAGGAGAAAGGGGCUCGAUAGCUACUUAGCCAAGAAAAAUGCAAAGAUGCUCAAAACUUGUGAAAAUAUGCAGUAUUCCAUUUGCUUUUACUUACAUGUCAUUAUCACAGUUCCAGUUUGCAACAUCAGAAUCAAAGGGUCCAUCAGAUGGUCUACAAAUUUCUUCUAGUGUUCAUAUUAUGUAUCAAUAGAGAACAAAAAGAGUAUCAUAUAUUGUAUGCUUCUUAGUCCAUCUUGUUUUACAUAAACUUUGAAGUUGAAAAACGUUUAGGAGAAUUGUCAAAAAAUGCAUAAACUUUUUGGCAUGUAUUGAUCAUGUUGUGAAUUGAAGGCAGUACACAAGGAUGACAGAUUGCCAGAUUUAGGAAAUAUAGAAGGCAAACUUGAUAGUCAGCAUCUGGGGCAAUACUUUUUUAUAUGUCCCUGAACUCCAUUUAUGCUACUCAUUGAUGCUCUUGUUUCAUAAGCCUGUCUCUUGCAAUCACCAAUAUCAAUGAAAUGCUUUAUUAAUGUUUCCUUUAUUUUCUCAGCAAUUCACAUGUUAUUUGUUUUAGAGGUGCAAAGUCAAUCAACAUUUCAUGAAUUAUAGGAUUUUUGCCUGCUUUCUUCAUAUUGAGAAAGCAUAAGCAGACUGAGAGAAUUUCAUUAUGUGAUGUGACUUUAUCUGCCAUUAUGGAAAAAUGUGGACCAUUCUUUAAAUUUUCUAAAACAAAUUUUCUCAUCUAGUCUGCUGUCACUUGCAAUGUUUCAUUAUGGAUAUCAUUGGGUAUAUAUAUAUAUAUUUUGCUUUCUUUGGGUGUGAAGUAAGAUAUUUUUUUAAAUAAUCAUCUUUUUCAGCCAAUCGUAAGACAGCAAUAAAAUUUCCCUCAUUUGAACUUGGAGUUUAGCAAAAGCAAUACCCUGUUGGGCACAGAGAAAAAACAGCAUAUAUAAUAUUCGAAGAAUUUUGAAAUUGCUUUUCAUAUUUGAUUUAUUUAUUUCAUUUACAAUAGAACCUCGAUUAACAGGCACCCCGUUAUUAUGGGCAGACCUUUUCAGCUUCUUUCUUUUUCCUACUAUUUGUAACCAAAAUAAAUCAUGCAGUAAUGGGCACCUCAGUAUUCCAGAUUAAGGGCAAUGUCUUUAGUCUUAUUCUCUAUACAGGCACUCGAUAAAAGAGGCAGUUAUCUUUGCCUGCCUGCAUGGUAUACCGCUAUAUUCCAAACAUCCCAGAAAGAUGACCAAUAUUCAAACACUUGCAAGGUUUAUUGGAUCAGCUCUGAACCAUAUACUGUAAUAAAAGUUUUCAAGGAUUCAAAGUGCAAUCUUAUUAUUCUUGUUGUAAACAUUGUUGGAUACAUAAGCUGAUACGUUCCACAUCUUGUUUUCGGAGAAGGGGCAAGUUGGCUUAUUUCUGUAUGCAUGCUUUGUUGCUCUCGAGAGUAUCUUAUUACAGUGUCACAUAAACAGUCUAAUGACACAAGCAGUGAUUUGUUGCUUUAUUUUCAAAGGAGUUCUACUUCAGUCUUUGGCAGUAAAAUAAACACAGAAAAUAAAUGUGAAAUGUUUAGCAGUUCAAACUCUGAAAAGAAGUACUUUGAAACUUUGUGACCAAUAAUAAAGAAAAAAGGGCAAAGCUAAUCCACUUCCUGAGACCUUCUGUUUGACAAUGCUCUAUGUCUUGGCAAAGUGCAGCUCAUGAACACCCGUGUCCUGCAUACACCAAACAAAAUGUGGGGGCUUUAAAAUUCAAAAAUUUAAUACAGUCAAUGGGAAAUCCAGCUUUGAGUGGCUCCUUUUUGAUAUUAAAGGCACCUUGAUAUAGAGAGUAUUUGGAUGGAGUUGGAAGGGUACCCUUACUGUUGAGAUUCUACUGUAUAUUCUCAUUGAAGGAUUUUCAAACUGUUUUUGGAAGUCUACAGACCUUCGAACAGCAUCCUGGUGACAAAGUUUUGCUUCAUGCUUGCACAGGAGCUCACCAGACUUAUUGUGUGAAAAUAGAGCAGUAACGAAAACAGAUGCAUUAUUUUUGUCGUUAACUUAGAAAGGUGUGCAUGGUACAUACCAAUUUUUCUGGGGAGAAUUUCACUGUAGGCCAGCCAUUUGAAUUCUAGGAGCCAAGAAUGUUGAAAUGAGAUGGUUUUAGUUAUCUUCAAAUUUUUUUCCGGCUACUUUAAAAGUUCUGCUGUGCACUUUACAUUCCGCCAUUCAGGUUCAGUUAGGUCACUGUUUACUGCAUGUGCAGUGUCUAAUGAAUUGUGGGAUGCAAGUGAUGAUUCAGACACAGCUUCAUUUUGAAUUAUCAGUUUCAUUUUUAGUGGAAAUUUUUAUCACAUUUUUUGAAUCACCUUUAGCAACAGAAGAAACUUGAUUGGUUGAUGUUGAAGUAGGCAUUUCCUUAGUCUGAAUUCUAUUAAUUUUUUUGAAGUACUCACCAAUUUGAUUCUACCCAUGAGGCCUUUUGGAAGCUAUACCUGAAAGUAUGUUAUAUUAUAUUUUUAUGGAGUAUAUUAUUAAAUGCAUAAUUGUUGUAGCAAUGAAAUAUAUAUGAUAUAUGAAUCACAUAAUGAGCCAGAUGCACAAAAUAUAUAACUAUAGCAGUGAACCUGAUUAGAUUUUAUAGAAUAAAGAUAUUUUCAUAAUGGUAUUGAAUUUUGAUACACAAUAUUCAUACACUUUUUUGCAUACAAAUUUAUAUUGAACUAGUAUAAAAGCCUGUCAAAAAUUAUGGGAAACCAAAGCCUACCAAAUUUGAAACCUCCAAUAUGCAUUUACAACUUUGCCACCAUAAUCUUUGGUUUCAUUGACAUUUAAAGUACUCACCAAAUAACAAUGAAGAUUUAAUGUCAAUUUGAUUUAAUGGUACAAUAAUAUUUGUAUUAACAACAAUUAAAAUAUUGUAAUUUACCAAUGGGCUUGUAGCUUUCAUUUUAUUACUUUAUAUGGUAAGCAUUCUAAAAUAGUUACCAAUGGGCUUGUAGCUUUCGUUUCAUUACUUUAUAUGAUAAGUGUUCCAAAAUAACGUAAUUUACCACUGGGCUUGUAGUUUUCAUUUCAUUACCUUGUAUGAUAAGUGUAAGUGACAGAAUGACAACGGGAAUAAGCCUUUUAUAGGUAGUGAUUAUCUUUUAAGUAAAACAAAUGAUAUAAAUAUAUAUAUAUUUCUGCAGAAAAAUGAUGUGAUGUUAAGUAGUGAGUCAAGGAACACAAUACAAUGCUAAAAGAAGUGUAAUUGUUUUUUUUUAUCUUUUACUUAAAGGGAUGGUUCACUACCCCUUCUGGUGGAACGUCUGUGCAGCUAUAGCUACUGAAACUAAAUACUACAUUAGGUUAAAAUAAACUUAUUAUAAAACUGAAGUUGAAAUAUAUUUGUAUCGGUGAUGAUUUAAUGCAAAAAAAGAAACUCAACCAUGCACAAAAUUGAAAUUUAAUUAUAUUCUCAGGUGAUUACCUUACAGGUAAUAAUAGUAUCUGUAGUAAGAGAAGAAUGGCAGAAUAUCUGCCUUUGAGUUGACAAAAGAAACUGAGCACAAUGUAAACUACAAAGAGAAAAAAAUCUUUAUCAGAAAUCAACACUAAACAAGUUGACAAGGGCACAGAGGAUAGACAGCACUGCUGUCUUGAUGGUGUAGUCUCAUUGUCAGAAAUCAAACAGACAAACAUCUGAAGGAAUUCUGAAUAAGAUUAAGACAGAGUUGAUAACCGUAUAGUACAGAGGAAUCAUUUCUUCUGGAGAACAUGUGCUACCCAACCCACUUAUGAUAAUCCCAUAAGUAAAAAUAUAGAAGACACAGUCUCCAGGUGCUCCUAAAUUUCCAUACAAUCACUAUCAUUACAUAAUACUAAACUACUCAGAUCUACACUGAUAGCUUUCAUGUGAGAGUUAGAGGAACCACAAUGGAAUGAUCUAUGAUAAAGUGUAACUAGGACUUGAAUAAGUCAGAUGCAUACCAUAACAAGUUUCUCUGUUGUAAAGCCCAUAUAGCCACGUCUAAGUGAUGAAAUCAAAGUUGGGUAGACUUACCUCCGAAAUACUAAAAGCCUUUCCUUGUUGAGUUUAAACUCAUAUUGCCAACAAAAAUUGUGACUUAAAUUUCCAAGUAUUCUUUUGACGUAUUUCAGAGCAUGUGACUCUUACCCAUAGUUUUCUACUCCCAUUUUUUAUGUGAAUUAUGGUGCAAGCAUCAGGUGAUCUCAGAUAAGCUCUGCUCUCUACAUUUUCAUUCUGUUGCAAUGAUUUCCAACUGAUGGAAUUUCUAUAACUUAAUGUGCAGGGUAAAUGGUAGAUCCUAUGUCAGCUCUGAUAUAUUGAAGUAGUUGUGCUAUUUUGUACUGAUAUUUCUGGUAGAUAUCAUGAUCAUGUAGAUGCUUAAUUUGCAUAACAAUUGGUGUUUUCUUUUGUAUUGAUGAAGGUUCAUUUAUUGCUCAGACCUUCUUUUCCUUCAGAGUUUGCAGGGCUGGUAUUGUCUGUUACAGUGCUAAUCCUAAUGACAUUUCUGUUGGUCUAUUUCGUUUUCUCACAGGUAUGUUGUAUAUUUUCAAUAUUGAGCAUAUUUGCAUUACACUUGAGGGUGCUUGUGCAAUGUGAAAUGAUUUCUAUAAUUAAUAUUUUUAAUUGUCACACAUUCUACUGGUAUUGUGGUUGCGGAUAAUUUUGAAAGGAGCCCUGUAUUCGUACACUUCAUAUUUCACAUCUACUUUUCCUUCUCAAGUUCUUGAGCCUUGAUUUGAUUUUUGGGAGCGAGGGGAGUCUUCCGUUUGGGUUUCUACAUUAACCCUUUGUCAGUUUUCUGGCUGGCACAUUAUGAAUUGUCUUAUUUUUAACCCUUUCAAAGCUGAAUGAAAAUUUAAUUCUGAUAUCACAGCUCUGAAUAUAUUUUCCACAAAAAUGAAAAAAAACACAACCUUACAUAUUUAAAAAACAGUUACAGAAAAGUACACGAGAUAUCACAAGUUUUUCACACAAUCAAGCCAAACAGACAAAGGGUUGUUAUGUCACCAACAACACUGUUUAAAUGUCGAUUUUGCUCACCAUCCAUGCCAAAAGGGUUAAGCACCAUUAUUAGCUAUUCUCAUUCAUCUGAUUAUUUUAAUCAGGAUCACAUAUCUACUUUCAGGUCUUUCUUACUUCUGGUUCUGAUUGAUAUUGUUUCCAUUACCACAUGGUUCUUAUGUGUUUUUUGACACUUUUUUUUCCAUAGGGCUGUGAUGUCAGGUAUUCAUUUUUUGAUCAAAUGAUGGACAAAAUAUGUAUAUAUAUAACUUGCUACAUUACUUGUCUUUGCAGGUAUUUCACUUUACCUCAUAUGUUGAGAGGAAGCUUGCCAGCAGGAGUUGAUUAGAGUUUUAGCAUCUUGUUUUACAUUUGGUCAUUAGACCAUUCUAAGAUUCCUGUAUCUAAUAUUUCUCAGUGCUUGCUACAUCUGCUCCUACUUUUUGGUUUGUCUCGGUGUCGAUAUAAGCAAGAUGGUUCUUUGUAUCACUCAUUGACUUUCUUAUGGAUGACUACUUUGUGUGGAUAUUUGUUUUAUAUAUGGACCCCUUGAUUCAUGUUCCUUGGGCUCAUAGGAUUCUUGACCUCAGUUUUCUAUUCAUCAUCCAAAACCGACUCUUCUAUUUAAUUUUGGGAUAUGAAGUUUUGAACCUUUUCCACAACAAGGGGAUAUUGGUGUUGUACUUCAUGUUUUCUCUGAGCUUUUAUUCUCAUCUAUGUGUUGUCAAAAACAACAGUGGAUUGGAGACCAGGGUCUGAUCUUUCCCAUUUCAUUUGUUUCCUAGGUAUUCAUCCUUUUUAUGGAAUCUAUGAAAAUCUUAUAAAAGGGGUGCAAGCUACAGAGUUGCUCUCUCAGCCACUUUCAGUGCCACAGAAAUCAUGUCCAUUUGUAAGCCUCAGAUUUUUUUAGGUUUGCUCUAUUUUUUGUAUUAUGUCUCCCAAAAGUACUUAGACUUUUUCAGCAAUGGUAUUUCAGUCUGGUCUUAAGUUUCUUGGUUUUACAUUUUGAACCUUUCACAACUUGUUCACUGUGCCAUUUUCCCUGAAUUUGUAUUAUAUUUUGUUAUUUGCUCCAGACAUUCUGAUUUUAUUUUAGCCAUUGAUGUUUUGCAUAUUCUUUUCUGUUUUGCAGGAAAACUCUAUCUCAUGUUAGAGCCUUCUUACCUGAUGCUUGGGUUGCAAGAGAUCUUCAUCUCAAUUUUUUUUCUCCUAUUGUGUUGCUAACUAACUAACCCUGGUUCUCCUUCUGACAAAUGUUUUCUGUAUUUGGUCAGUGCUGGUUAUUCCUAAUUUGCAAGAACAGUAUAUUUUUUGAAGAAAUCAACAUCAUUUGUUUAUACUUCAUCACAAUCCUUGAUCCAUGGAUCUUGUUCCAUCCUUAUCAACAAACUGGAUUCGUCUAAGUUAUCAUGAUGUUCCCAACAAGUUUAAUGGUACAUCUCAUCACAUUUGCCAUUUGGCAAUGUCUUUGGCAUCCUGGUCUCUUUAUACUUUAGAGAGCAUCUUGAAGGCCAGCAUGGAGGUGAAUCUGUUUGCUACCUGUGAUUAUUCUUCAGGCUUGAUGGAAUCAGAUUCUUGGAGUUUUUUGUGUAUUUUGCCCAUCACCAAUUGUUUUAAUGACUUCCUGGGUAUAUGUGAUUAUAAAUAACUUUAACUUCAAAGCAACCAUUAUGAAACAAGAAAGAUACAAUAAUUAAGUACAUUCUCUUCUUAUGCAUCAAAAAUCUGUUUUAUAUUAAUUUGUUGAGUCACAACUCUUGCAUUUUCUCUAUUUGUGUUCACCCUAGGCAACCCAGGUAUUUUUCUAACACCUGUUCACAAAUCUAGGGAUGUCCGUGAAUUAGAAUAUCUUUGGUUUAUAUAUAUAUAUGUAUGUAACAUACACCUGGUAUGUCUUGCAUACCAUAUCCCAUGUAACUGCAAAGAUAAAAUCCAGUUAUACAUAUUUAUAAAAAGUGCACCACUUAUGCAUCCUUUGUACUUGAGAAACUUUUAUACAACAAAACAUGUAAACAAGACACACAAGCUCAGCAUUUUAACAAUGAUUAAAGCUAGAACUUGCAAGCCCCCCAGUAGCACAGCGGUAUGUCUGCGGACUUACAACGCUAGAAACCAGGUUUCGAUACCCGUGGUGGGCAGAGCACAGAUAGCCCUUUGUGUAGCUUUGUGCUUAAUUUCAAAACAAACAAACAGAACUUGCAAAUGUAAAGCAGUAUUAUAUAAAACCCUUCAACAAAGAACAUAUUAAACAUUCAUAAAGAUCAGAGAAAAAUAUUUUGUGUAUAUAUAUAUAUAUAUAAUAUAUAUAUACAUAUAUAUACACACACACACACACAAAGAAAAAAAACAUGGUCUCUCCUUCUAUGAGGCACUAUAUGGAAUUGUCCAGUCUGAUCAAGACUUACAUCUGCCCAUGAAUUUGUGCUAGAGAAAAUGCUACCCUGUAAGCUGGAGCAGCAUGAAAUGGAUAUAGGGUGCCACCUGAUGGCUGAUGUUGCCUUGACAGGGACCUUUUCCUCCUCUGUGUUCAUGUCCUUAUGUGGCAUAAGAGAUGUCAGUAACAAGACUAACAUUGUCUCUAGAUGUCUUAGUUCUAACAAAGAUGACAAUCAUCAGUUUUUUGUUAUUAUUUACUUAUUUCUGUGUAUUGAUGUUCCCAUUGCACUGUUCUCAUAUUGUUGAGCCCAUCCUUGGGAACUGCUUGGGGUUUUCUUCAGUUAUCCCUGGGCACCAAUAAUUUUGCCAGCUGUGUGACACAUUAGCUGCUUUUUAGAAUAAGGUGUUACAAUCACCCAUUGCACUGUCUCCAGUGCUGUGUUCUUCAGGGCUCUCCAAAAUGCUGUGCCCUCUUCUUCUUCUGGUGGAAUAUGGAUGUCCUUAGCAGCUGGAGUGGUGGACCAUGGAGGCUUCCGACUAAUGUGCUCAGUCACAUUCAGUUCAGAGUAAGGCAGUUGUGUUCUGCUGGUGUAGAUGAUGAUGACGUUCAUCCUACUGCAUAUCUAAUGUACAAUUCCCAGAUGCCAUCAGGUGAUGGACGAUGUAUUCUGUGAACAUGCAGUUUGCCCCUCCAGCCGAGGCACCCUUUUCCUACUGUACCCCGGAUGUCCUUUCUUGGUGGAUAUGGUGGUGGUUGGAGCUGGACCAGCUAUAUAAGUCAUCAAGUGUGUGUGGCUAGAUACCCUCCUUUUACUGUGGAUUGGAUUAUACAUUCCCAAUACCAUAUGGUGAUGGACUGGAGAUGCACCCCUAAUUUUCUGUCCACCUUCCUACCAUCCCCCAUAUUUCGGUUUCCAGCAGAUAGGGUGUUGGAUGUGCACACAUGAUGAUGUGGGGGGAGGUCUCUCCUGUGAUUCUGCCCUUAUUGUGACACAUUUUUAUGUAGGAGAAGAGUAUACUUGGCUCAGAAGUGGUGUAGUCUCCCUCAGUGGUGUUGCCUUCCAUUUAUUCAUGCACCCAAUGGUCUUCUUUUGGGUGCUUUCUAAAGGAAGAUCAUCUUCUCACCCAGACCCUCUGCCAACUCAAUGUUUGAUUCAAGCUACUUGUGAGAGGAGAUAAAAUAUUGUAUCGAAAAUUAACAUUUUUCUACACUGAAAAUGUAUUUUCGAUAUAUAUUUACCUCUUCUCUCAUUUCCAGUGUAGGCUUUGUUUAUACUGCCCAAUCUUGAAGUGAUUACGAACUGCACGAAAGCGAGGGCGCUAGUGACAAUAAUAGUUUUGGGUAGCACUCCUAUUGACAGAGGGUUGCUGCAUGAUCAUUUGCAUUAUAGCAUGUAAAUGUCUCAUGCGAAGAUAGGUGGGAGUAUCAAGGCUAGUGGCAAACAAAAAUAUUCGCAUACAGAGGGCAGUAUAAGAGAAAAGCUACUUGUGAGUGGAAGAAUCUAUUGGAAAUACAUUUUCAGUGUAGGAAAAUGUUAACAUUCAAAGCAAUAUUAUAUACAACCCUUUAACAAUUAACAUUUUAAACUUUCAUAAAGAUCAUAGAAAAAUAUGUUAAUUAAUGAAGGUGAAGGAAAUGUCAUAAAUUCUACACAAAAAUCAUAAUUUGAAAAUAAGUAUUUAGGUUAUCAAAGGAGGGUAAUAGUUUUGAGCACAGAAAUCAUAACAUGAAGGUAAUGAUAGUCAGGUUAUCGAAGAAGGGUAUAAUUUUGUAUGAUAAUUUCACUCUUCAUUAACUGCUUUAGAACAUAUGUUUCUAGUAAAGUAUAUUUAAACAGUCGUUCUAAACUUCUUGUAGGUGUUUUCCAUACAGUAAAUGGCAUUCUUGUAAAUCAAACUUCAAAAAGUUGUAAAUAUAUACUAUUAUAUUUACUUAGGUUCUAUAUUACAACAGCUAUAACAUAGAAACUUGUACCACUUUAACCCUGUAUCUCUAAUCACUUCCUGAGUGGGAAAAGCCUUUCCAAAUGCUGACAUAGAUACCUGUAUCUGAAUAUGUCAUUUUGAAAAUUUAUUUUUAGUUAAUCUGUGAUUUAUCGGAUACCAUACUAAGGCUCCAUUGUCUGUCUUGAAUGUGUGAUAUUACAUUAGUAUUCCUGUCCUUAACUUGUUUGGAAAUCCUCUAGUCCCAGUAGCCAGUUUGAGUGCAAACAAAUAAGAACUUAGCAAGCUUUAACAGACAUGUUUCAUUAUUGUGAAUAAAGAUUUUGUUCACCUGUGCA